CUUCAAAUCUUGUCUCUUUUGCUCCCACUUGUCUCUGGAAUUUUUGUUUCAGAGCUUAUUUUUUCGCGAGACUUCCCAGUCGUCGUCCCAGUAGAAUUUUCGCACUAUUCCAUCCUCUUCAGUCUUCACUAGCUUUCAACAUUUUCUCAGGCUAGAACUCCCCUCUUCGUUUAUCAGGUAUAUUUAUAGAACUUCUUUUCAAUUCGUUGCGCUAAUUUUUCCAAAACUAAAAUUGAAGAGGGCAAAAACCCCAUUUCUCGAGCUUUACUCUUAAGCUGAUUGAAAACAGUCCCACUCAAGAAGCUGAAUAUUUGAUUUUUGGUCCACUUUUGGAGGGUUAGAAAAGAAAGCAGAGAUUUUUGAAGGAUAUGAAGAUGAAGGCUGCUUGGUAGAAGAAGCAGAUGUCAUUUGCCUGCUGCCUGCCAAUUGUUGAAUGUGUGUACUGUUUGGGCUGCGCCCGUUGGGCCUGGAAGAAGUUCCUUUACACAGCAGGCCGGGAAAGCGAAAACUGGGCCCUCUCUUCUGCCAGUGAAUUCGAGCCCAUUCCCCGGCUUUGCCGGUAUAUUCUCUCCGUCUACGAAGACGAUCUCGGAAACCCUCUCUGGGCUCCUCCGGGAGGAUAUGGCAUUGACCUUGACUCCAUAGUCGCCCGGAGAAGCUACGAUGACACUCAAGGUAAAGUAGCUCCGUACAUGAUAUAUCUCGAUCACGAGAAUGGAGAAAUCGUCGUCGCCAUUAGAGGUCUUAAUUUGGGCAAGGAGAGCGACUAUCUCGUCCUGCUCGAUGACAAAUUAGGGCAGGCUGAAUUUGACGGCGGGUUCGUUCAUAACGGGCUGUUGAAGUCGGCUCAAUGGGUUGUGGAGAAGGAUUCGAAGCUUUUGGGGGAACUAAUUGUGAGGUUUCCGAACUACGCCUUGACUUUGGCCGGGCACUCUUUAGGGGCAGGCGUGGUGACCAUGCUGGCAAUGUUGGCUGUGAAGAACAGGGAGCGGCUUGGCUACAUAGAGAGAAGAAGGAUCAGAUGCUUCGCUAUCGCUCCUGCAAGGUGUGUGUCCCUAAAUUUGGCUGUCAGAUAUGCCGACAUUAUCAGUUCUGUUGUAUUGCAGGAUGAUUUCUUACCUCGGACAACUGUAGGACAGGACAAUGCAUUCAAGUCACUUUUCUGUUUACCAUGUGUACUCUGCAUAAUGUGCUUGAAAGACACGUUCACUAUGGAGGAGAAGAAGCUUAAAGAUCCUAGACGCCUCUACAUACCUGGUCGUCUUUAUCACAUUAUUGCCAGAAAACGGUUCAGCUCCGCGGAGAUACCACCUGUUGUCAGGACGUGCAUACCUGUGGAUGGCCGGUUUGAGCACAUUGUUCUCUCUUGUAACAUGAUGACUGAUCAUGCAAUUAUUCGUAUAUUGGCUGAAGCACAAAGGACACUUGAUACAAUGUUGGAGAGAGAAAAUGCAAUGUCUAUUCCCAUGCAGCAGAGAAUGGAGCGACAGGCAUCUCUUGCAAGAGAGCAUAUGGAGGAACACAAGGCAGCAUUAAAGAGGGCAGUCACACUGAAUGUUCCCCAUGCGUAUUCACCGUCUUGUUAUGGUACUUUUCAUGAACUUGGACAAGGAGAGGAUUCUGGCAUAUCUCAGUAGUUGCUAGUUGGAUGAUUUAGCCUGAAGCUUUGCUGAGAUGAGGUAGACUGGUAAAAAUGGUAUUAGAAGUCCAUUUACCCCUGGACUAUAGAAGAACUUGAUCAUAGCUAAAUAUGUUUGUAAUUACUCACUCCAUUCUAUAGUGCUACAUUUGUGUUUCGAACAGUUUUAGGAAAAUAAAGAAUGUAGUUAGUUUUCAAUUAUAGCACUGGUCCCCUCAAACUAAAUGAUAAUAUUUGAGAUAUAAUGUAAAAAAGAGACCAGAAAUUCAAAAGAAUUUUAGAGUUCAAAUUUGAGAAGUGAUUUGAGAAUUCAAAAAAUAUUGG